AUUUCCACAGUAGCUUCCGAGAGUGCUUUUAGUACCGGAGGUCGUGUGUUGGAUUCUUUUAGGAGUUCUUUGACUCCUCAAAUUGUGGAAGCUCUCAUUUGCAGUGAAGAUUGGUUAGCAAGCUCAACAUUGCCAAUUGAAGAUGAGGAUUUGGAGGAGUUGGAAGAUCUUGACAAUGCAUUCAAAACUUUAGUGUGGGAUGUGAAUACUUCUGCCACAGCUGGACUUGGAAGUGCAGUAAAUGCAAUG